ACCGCACGCGCGCACGCCCCGCUCCUGCUGUGCCCACCGCCGCGUUCCACUCCGCCCGCCCGCCUGGCGCUUGGCCCGACCGGGGUUGAGUGAGGCCACCAGGCCAGGGGGAGGCGCCCCGCGGCUAAGGUGUCAGGCGCGCGCCGGGACUGCGCUAUAAACAGCCGCCCCCGCCUAGCGCUGCCCAGCACUCAGCGCGCGCAGCCGGCGGGGCACCUGCAGCUGGUGCGGGCUCGUGGGCGGUUUGCUGGGGGCGCUGCAGAGGAGAGGCGACCCAGAUUGUUCUCUGCCUGUUUGCUUAACUUUUGGCCCUGUCUCGGUGCCUUUUGCUAUGGCAUCUGUGCCUUCAGCUGGCUGCCUCCUGGCCAAGAAUCAGUACUACAGAACUCGAUUGAAUUCUGAAUCCAGUGUUUCAUCAGGAUCUUCAUCUUUCUGGUCUGAUCCUGUGAACAUCUCCGACCAGGAAAAAGCCCAUCAUGGGUUACCUGAACUAUUUGAUAAAUUCUGGUGGAUAAAAAGCUUUUUCCACUCUGAACCAUCUUCUUCUGAAAACAUGAGUGGAAAAACAUUACCAACUAGCAGUGUUGCAAGUUGACUUUACCUGCAGUGAUAUUAUAGACCCCUUUCUGUAAAGCACAGGAUCUUCCAGAUGGCUGCUUUCAGCUGUGUGAAGAAAAUAUACUGCUUGAAACUUCACUUCCAUGAGAGAAAAUAGAAUUUCAUAAACAUUUGUCUGUAGCUUAAAUUGCUUUGCUUAUGGCAGGCAUAGUUUCUGGCUACCCUGAUUUUUAUUGAAUUGUUAACAUUUGAGAGAUGCCUUUUUAAUAUUUGUAAAUCUAAACUCAAUGGAUUUAAUAUCCUAAUACUGGCUUAGGUCACUGGAAAAAGUGACAGUGAAAUGUAAAGUCAGCAUAAAAUGGCCAGUGAUUAUUAAGUUUUAGUUCUGUAAGUUGAAAUGCUUCUUUGGACUGUCAGUGUCAAAAUUUUUCAAGGGUGCUGUGACUCAAAACAAAAAUUGUCUGAAAAGUCUAUUCAGUAAGUAUUUUCAUUAGUUUGUUUUACUAGAUCAACUAUGCUGACAUCAAAAUGAUAUAAACUAGUUUUAGAUGAACAGAUUAAAUAUUAGGAGUAAAUGUGACACAUCUUUCCCAUGUGCCCAGUUACAGCAGUUAUAUACUGUUUACAAAAGUUAACAUUUCUCUUAACAGCUUUAUUUGCGAAAGAGUCCUUAGUGCUCUCCCCUUGUUAUGGCAGAAUAUGGAUUCUGAUCUUAAAUACAGAAUGUAAGCUGCAUACCCAUGAAUGAGACUUAGGGUAAAUAUACCUAGCACCCUAAACUCAAAGUAAGAUAUGCAAUUUGCAUAGCAAAUUGCGUAUCUUAUCUCAAAUCUAAUUUGAAAUAGCUUAUUAAAUUGAAAUUU